UAAAGUUCAUUAAACAAUGGUUUGAAAUAAUGUUGUUUGAGCUUUGACAUAAGUUACACUCUAAUAUAAAAACAUCUUCACGUUUCUAAUCUGUUUCCUCUUUGUUCCGCCUCUCUCGCUCCGCGCUGGGUGGCGCUACUUUUAUUUUGAAAUAACAAACCUCAUCGGAAGCGAAUAAGAAUCUGCUUUUGAGUUUAUUUUACGGGAUUUUAAAACCCUAUUUUCAUAGCUAAUAACGCAUCUGUUAACUUCUCCUAUUAUCCCUGUUCCGCCACAGUGGCGAUGUCGGAGUCUUAUGAUUUCCUGUUCAAAUUCUUGGUGAUUGGAAAUGCUGGAACAGGCAAAUCAUGUUUACUGCAUCAGUUCAUAGAGAAAAGGUUUAAUGAUGAUUCCAACCACACCAUUGGAGUAGAAUUUGGUUCCAAGAUUGUCAGCAUGGUCAAUAAAACAGUCAAACUGCAGAUUUGGGACACAGCUGGACAAGAAAGAUUCAGGUCUGUGACCCGGAGUUACUACAGAGGAGCAGCGGGGGCCUUAUUGGUUUAUGAUAUUACAAGUCGAGAGACAUACAAUGCUUUGACAACAUGGUUAAGUGAUGCCAGAAUGCUGGCCAGUCAGAACAUUGUUGUAGUCCUCUGUGGUAACAAAAAGGACUUGGACAGCGAACGAGAGGUCACGUUUUUGGAGGCCUCACGUUUUGCUCAAGAGAAUGAGCUGAUGUUCCUGGAGACCAGCGCUCUCACAGGUGAGAACGUCGAGGAGGCUUUUGCACAGUGUGCUCGGAAAAUCCUUACAAAGAUUGAGUCAGGAGAGCUGGAUCCAGAAAGAAUGGGGUCAGGUAUUCAGUAUGGCGAUGCUGCGCUACGACAUCUACAUGCUUCCCGCCGGGCUCAGCCUCAGGUCACGCAGGAGUGCGGAUGCUAGCGAGCUGCCCUGCGAUGCCAGAACUAGGGGCGGGUUUUUGAAGCUCAGGAGCAGAAUCGUGAACCUAGAACCAUGGAAAUACGUGGUCCAUUAGUUUGUGCUGUUUGACUCAUCUUUGACCUGUUUUCUCCUUUCUCUCCCUGGGUCUUUAUGAGGAACUGUACUGAUUGAUUAACAAAAAAAAAAAAUUUAAAUUAGUGUUUAAGUCAAAAUGGCCAGAGGUAAGUUGAUGUAAUUAAGACGCUCAUGCAGUACUAUACUGUUUUAGCAGUAGAUUUGCACACCCAUCGUCUCUUUAUCAAGCGGAGUAUUAAUUAUGAAAGAAUAUAUUCAUUUAAACAUUAACUUAAUUUUUAGAUUGAAAUAGAUUUCCAAAAGACCAAUUCAACAUGGAAGUCAAAACUGAACUUUUUGAGAGCUAAGUCACAUGUAGUUAACAAUAAUCAUGCACACUAUUAAAGUUACAAAAGACUCGUAGCUGGUAUUCAUGGUUCAGAUUACACCAUUACACUGGUAUAUAUUUUUCUUCCCCAAAAGUGUCAAUAAAAAAACAAAAACAAAAAUACUUUUAUUUAAGUAAUACUUGUAUAAAUAAAUUAUAUGUAAAGGUCUUGGCACCUGACAAAGUGAAACGGCCACACCCAUCCACAACUGUUCAGACCUGGUUAAAAAUA